AUGGCAACGUCGCGAGACCGAGAAGAACGUGGAAGAUUGCAGGAGCCGAGCAACAGGCGGAAUCGCCUUCCUGAUCUCAUCAGUGUGACAAUGAGCGACGGCUCACUUGUAGAGAUCAACUUGACUGGAGCCAAUCGAGAAGAAAGGGAAGAUGUGGCACGGUUGUUGGACGUACACACUACGGUAGCCAUGGCACCACCUGCUGCACACCGUGAAUCAAGAGAGCGGUCGCCAAGAUUGGCGUUUUCCUCAGGGCCUACCCUUCGUGUAACCUCACCAGAUGUACAAGACCGUUUCAGGCAACUACCACCACCGCCCAUCGCAAGGCAUGGCGAGUCAGCUUCUGAUGAAAGAAUGCCGCUUGAGCGAGCUGGAACCGCGAACUUCGCGCAACUGCGACCCCAACGAUGUGGAGGCGCACCCAUGUCGAGGAGUCGAAGGCAUCAACGGUGGCCACAAGCGCGGGGUCAUUGCCUAUGUCCACUGCUCCAGCGGAAUCUCCGUCUGAACAGCGUCGCGAGAAGACGUCGUGACAGCAGGCCACGGGAGAAGAAAUGCAACGAGCCUAUGUCCUCGGGAGCAAGAGCUUUGACCCAAUGUGGGAAGAAGAUGGAAGAAGCGUAUGCAGAUGCAUCGCGAACCGACACCUAUUUGAAUGUCUAUGACGCCUCAGCAUGCGCUCUGUACUUGUCUUCCAUAGUUGCAUUGACAACCAGCUACAUUCGUGUUCUACACUUUUGCGGCCAGGUACCUUUCCUCUGUGUCAUCGUCGUCGGAUUCGUGGCUGUAGCACAUCUCGUUGCACCACGUGGAGCACAGAAGAUCAUGGAACAUCUCAUUCAGCCCAUUCCAGGUCCGCAGUGCUGCCGCAUGCAGAGCAGAUGA